UAACGCCGCUCGCUGUCUGUCUGCUGUUGGAGCGCGUACGCGUUUUGCUGCACAUCAGAGACGGAACGUCUUCGGCAGCCGUUUACCGGGCCGUUUCUGUCCGUUACCGACGCCAUGGACACGCCGAGGAGCUGAAGUGCUUGAGGACCGACGUCAUUUCUGAUGGAUUUAUCCUGAGAUUGAGUGCAGUUGGAUGGCAUGCAGUAUCUCCAAGAGAUCAUGACAAACUGUGGCCAGUUCAGGAGUCUCAACAAUGGAAGAGUGACCAGAUGCCACAAAUAAAAAUGCAGUUUAGCCAUGCCUCCAUUGCUGAUCCCCAUCAAGGGCACUCAAUUUUUACUGCUGUCUGGGACUCUCUCUCUUCUCUUGGAUAGUUUAAAUUUCAACAUGCAUCAUACAGCACGCAAGACCAUAUUGUUUAUGGAUGAUAUCAUUCUGUCACGAGAAAGAUGAAAUUUCCUUUUAUCAGGAGUCCCAAUUAAAACAAGGACACACAAUUUACGAACUCCAGAAAAGGGGUAAAACUGAAAGUGUGUACAGUACAGAUGAGGUUGCAUUAUGGCAGCUGAAUCUCCUCAACGGCUGCAUUCACGUAUCUGGUUCGGAGGAGAGUGAUAGUUGCACGAUGCAGCGAAGUGGAGGCAUCGUCGGGAACAGCAGCCAGCCAUGGGUACUGCGGCGAGUACGGCUCACCUGGCUUAGUUUCAUGCUCUUCUUCAUCCUGGUCUUUUUCCCCCUCAUUGCACAUUACUACCUCACCACAAUCGAUGAAGCAGGGGGACCAGAUAAACGCAUUUUUGGGCCAAGACCUGGAGGGGAGCUGUGUGAAGCAAAGCAUGUUCAAGACCUGUGUCGUAUCCGGGAAUCUGUCAGCGAGGAGCUACUUCAGCUUGAGGCAAAGCGACAAGAACUCAAUGGCGAGAUAGCUCGACUUAACCUACGCAUCGAGGCCUGUAAACGUAGUAUUGAUAGUGCCAAACAGGACUUGUUACAACUCAAAAAUGUCAUCAGCCAGACAGAGCACUCUUACAAGGAACUUAUGGCACAAAACCAGCCAAAAUUGUCAUUGCCAGUUAGACUUUUACCAGACAAGGAUGAUCCUGGAUACCCUCCUCCGAAGUCGGUCCAGAACUGUCGUUUGCAUACUUGUUUUGAUUAUGCUAGAUGUCCGCUUACUUCUGGCUUCCCUGUCUAUGUUUAUGACACAGGGUCGUAUCCUUGGGGUGAGAAGUUGGACCCUCUUGUCAAACAAGCCUUUGCCUCAUCCAUCAAAAGCAGCGUAUAUGUGACAGAUAAUCCAAACAUUGCUUGUCUGUACAUAGUGCUCGUUGGGGAAAUACAUGAAUCACCCUCCUCUCCUCCUGCCUCGCCUUUAGACCUUGAAAAGCAGCUCAAGGCUUUGCCAUAUUGGAGAUUAGACGGCCACAACCACCUACUUGUACACCUUUCAAGAAAGUCUCUGACACAGAACUUCCUGUACAAUGUGAGCACAGGCCGAGCAGCAGUGGCACAGUCUACCUUUUUUGAACAUCAAUUUAGGGAAGGUUUCGACAUGGUGGUGUCUCCGCUAGUCCAUGCUCUGUCUGAGCCCAACUUCCUUGAGGUGCCUCCGCAAGUCCCGGUCAAGAGGAAGUACCUCUUCACCUUUCAGGGAGAAAAGGUGGAGUCUUUGAGGAGCAGCUUGCUUGAAGCCCCACCGCAGUCCUUCGAGGAGGAAAUGGAGGGGGAUCCACCAGCUGACUAUGAUGACCGCAUUAUUGGCACACUUAAGGCUGUACAGGACAGUCACCUAGACCAGGUUCUUGUGGAGUUCACUUGCAAGAAUCAGCCCAAGCCGAGUUUACCAACAGAGUGGGCGUUGUGUGGCGAGCGUGAGGAUCGAUUAGAAGUACUGAAGGUCUCUACGUUUGCCUUGGUGAUAUCUCCAGGCGAUGUGCAGUUGGUGGCAUCUGCUGGCUGUAGCAUGAGACUUUUUGAGGCUUUGGAAGUUGGGGCAAUACCGGUGGUGCUAGGCGACCACUCAAAGUUGCCCUACCAUCACCUUAUACGCUGGAGUGAGGCAGUCAUUAUGGUACCCAAGCCUCGCAUAACGGAGCUGCACUUUCUGUUGCGUAGCAUCUCAGACAAUGACCUUCUGGCAAUGCGACGGCAGGGUCGGUUUCUUUGGGAGACAUACUUCUCCACCUCAGAGAGCAUCUUCAGCACCAUCCUGGCUAGCGUACGAACCAGCAUCCAGAUACCAGCAGCACCUAUACGUGAGGAGCCUGCCCAGGAGAUUCCCCACAAAGCUGGAAAGUUGGCAGGAACUGAUGCUAACAUGGCUGACAAUGGCGAUCUAGAUCUGGGGCCUGUUGAAGUAGAGCCCCCUUAUGCUUCGCCCCGCUUCUUGCGUAACUUCACCUACACAGCUGCUGAUGUCUACCGCACCUGGAAUCGUGCACCUGGCCCUUUCCAUUUAUUUCCACAUACUCCCCUGGACCCCGUACUUCCCUCAGAAGCCAAGUUUCUAGGGUCAGGGACUGGGUUCCGCCCCAUCGGCGGAGGUUCUGGGGGAUCUGGUAAAGAGUUUCAGGCCGCUCUAGGAGGUAACGUCCCACGGGAGCAGUUUACUGUGGUCAUGCUUACUUAUGAAAGGGAGGAGGUUCUUAUGAACUCACUAGAGAGACUAAAUGGCCUUCCUUAUCUUAACAAAGUGGUGGUAGUGUGGAAUUCCCCCAAACCACCUUCCGAUGAUCUCCUCUGGCCAGACAUUGGUCUACCAAUUGUGGUGGUACACACAGAAAAGAACAGCUUAAACAAUCGCUUUCUUCCCUGGGAUGCAGUUGAGACUGAAGCAAUUUUGUCUAUUGAUGAUGAUGCCCAUCUUCGACACGAUGAAAUUAUGUUUGGGUUCAGGGUGUGGCGGGAGGCCAGAGACCGGAUUGUGGGAUUCCCAGGAAGGUUCCAUGCCUGGGAUGUAAAUCACCAAUCCUGGCUCUACAAUUCCAACUACUCCUGCGAGCUCUCCAUGGUGCUGACGGGUGCAGCCUUCUUCCACAAGUAUUACGCGUACCUCUAUUCGUACGUCAUGCCUCAAGCCAUACGUGACAUGGUGGACGAGUACAUCAACUGUGAGGAUAUCGCCAUGAACUUCCUCGUGUCUCAUAUCACUCGCAAACCCCCCAUCAAGGUGACAUCACGUUGGACCUUCCGCUGUCCCGGCUGUCCACAGGCUCUUUCACACGACGAUUCACACUUCCACGAGCGUCACAAGUGCAUCAACUUCUUCGUAAAAGUCUACGGUUACAUGCCGCUGUUAUAUACUCAGUUCAGAGUGGACUCGGUACUCUUCAAGACACGGUUGCCCCACGACAAGACGAAAUGUUUUAAAUUCAUUUAGCGGAGCAGGGGACAGAAAAGCACAGACGGAGUAUGGACGCGGGCCGGUCUCUCUCUGGGAACAUGAAGGAAACUAAAGCUUUCUUGUAAAUAUCGGAGAAUUUUACUUUGAACUAGUCUUUCUUGAAAUCAAGGGAGAACAAUUAGAGAGCGAGCGAUUACCGUCAGUCGUUUUUAACAUUGUGCGUGAUUCAUCAUCAACCACUACAGGCUUUAUUUGCACCACUUUUCAUGGGACGCCUGGGACAGCGAAAUCAAAACAAUAUACUGACUGGAUAUACAGAAUUAUGGACCGAUGGAGGCGGUUUUGGAUGACAUAUCUGAGAAUUUUGGGAGAGUCGAAGUGUCUAAAUGAAACGUGUUAUUUUUACUUUGCAUAUACUCGUUUGAAACGCACUGAUGGUCAUGUUUUUGUUUUUUUACUUGUGUGUGUGCUUUUAUGCACGUGUGAAUGGCUGUGUGUUGUUCUGUAGGUUGAUCAUCAGUAAAAAUAGCACAAGAUAUCAAACAUAACUGCAUAGGAAUAGCACCAAAUCAAGCUGUUACACGUUCUCAUGUCCCUCACAAUCAAACCAGAAAACAAAAUGUGUGUAUGUAACCUGUUCAGUACACUUGUGGAAUACCAGAUCCUUUUGCUGGAUAAUCAUGUCUGUUUGUGGCAACUGGCUCAUGUGUGUCGUGUGUCGUUUUAAUAAGGUUGAAUGAUUUCAUAGGUGAAAAUUUAAAAAAGAAAUAUCCAGGUCAUAUUUAAUCAUAUAUAUUUUAUAGGAGGAAAAAGCCUGUGGUUUUUUUUUUCUUUUUCCAAAUGUGACAAAUAUCAUGAAUUACAGCACCCAAAUUCUCAUUUCAUAAUGCAAAAAUACAUCGUUUCCUAAUGCAAAAUAUAGUUUUUCAAAAAAAAAUUGCAUUACAAUUAAGUACAUUACUAUCAGUUCUCAUUCUUAUAAUCUAAAAAAAAAAAAAAAAAAAAUCAGUCAUUACUAUAAUGCACAUCAUUUUAUAUUAUUUUUCUAUUUACAUAAUAUGCUAAAUUCAAUGCAACAAAUAUUACUUAUGACAUAUAGAAAUUCUAAACAUUAUUAUUAUUAUUUAUUUUUUUUUUUUUUCUGUGAGAGAGAUUUUUAUUGUUAAAUGUGCUUUUUUUUUUUUUUUUGUCAUGUCACAAUGCAAAAAAUCUGGUUCUGAAAUAAUUUGUCUUAAUUUUCCUUCAAGCACAAUCUUAUUUCUUAUUUCCUUUUGGUGGUGAAAUGUGACCUGGAGAUGUUCUUGACAGCUUCAUGUGUGAAUGUGUUUGUGUGUUGGCUGAUUAUCUGUGAAACACGUGUGACUGGAUAGCAGUGACGGGACGUGCAGUAGUUGCUCUUUCCUCUGUAAACGGUACGUGUCUCUCUUCUGUGCCAGGAUGUUACCUGGGGCUCCUUCUGCCGAGCUGAUUUCACCCUUCAGUUGACAAAUCUGAGAUGCUUUUGAGAACGCUGAACUUGACUACUUCUGUCUGUUGGUUAAUUCAUGAUGUCUGUCCUGACAUGUUUGACAGGUACAUUUAGGAAAAUGGCUCUGCAAUUGUAAAUUUAAUGAGUUUUAUUUUUAAAAACAAAAACAAAAAAGUGGCUCUGUUCCCCUUAGAAUAGGAAUAUGACUGAUUAAAAAUUUUUUUUUUUUUUUUUUUUGCCCUUGUUUUGUAUUGUGUUUAAAUCUAUUGAACAGGCUUUAAUGUUUUUUUUUUUAUAUUAUUAUUGUGAAGACCGUAUGGCCUUUGGGAUUGGACAGGAACUGACCGUAUAAACUAUUGGUAGUAAAGUGUUAAAUGCCAGCAAACGUUAUAACUGACAACUUCUUCAACCACACUAAUAAACCAGCCAGUGUCAUCAUCUUUCAUUAUGGUCAUUUUGAAUGAAAUGAAUGAUUUACAGAAUGAUUUGUCAUUAUACAGUUUAUGGAAUUUUGCAAUUUGUUUUAUUGUGUUUGUGUUCACUGAGGAACAGGAUCAGGAAAUUACAAACUGGAUUCAAUUUAACAACUCUGACAGUAAAAUGGGACGGGAUUGGGAUCUCUGUAGUUUUUGUUUAGUGUUGUGGAAGGUCAUGUGCACUGCAGGGUUAUUACAGGUAACUAAAACUGGAACUACAAUUCAAACCAAUAAAAAACAUUUUCAUUAUUUAAAA